GUCUUCUGACUGAGCAUGUGUGUAGCACCUCCUAGCUGUUAGCAUUUAGAGAUGGCCGCAGACAAGCAAAAUGAAGCUAAAGUUCCCUCCAUGGAUGAAAAUAAAGAAAAUUCGCCGGACGGAGGACUUGGACUGGAAAUUUUGCAAAUAAUCAAGGAGUCACAGCAGCAGCAUGGCCUCAGACAUGGAGACUAUCAGAGAUACAGGGGCUACUGCUCCCGCAGACUGCGACGCCUGCGUAAAACUCUUGGCUUCAAGAUGGGCAACAGACACAAGUUUGUUGGGAAAAAAAUAACAGUGGAAAUACUUUCUGACAGCAGGUACCUGUUGCUGGUUUUGAUGGAGGCAGAGCGUGCAUGGAGUUAUGCCAUGCAGCUGAAGCAAGAGGCCAACACAGAGCCCCGUAAACGCUUCCACCUUUUGGCAAGACUACGUAAGGCUGCAAAGCACAGCGAGAAGCUAGAGAAACUCUGUGAGAGCCCUCGGGUGGAUGCCAAGACUAAACUAGAGGCACAGGCCUACACUGCAUACCUGACUGGUAUGGUGGAGUUUGAGCUUCAGGAGUGGAAGCGUGCCAUGGAAGCCUUCAAUAAGUGCAAGACCAUUUAUGAGAAGCUGGCCAGUGCGUUCACUGAAGAGCUUGCUGUUCUGUAUCGCCAGCGUGUGGACGAGAUUUCUCCCAACAUCCGAUACUGUGCUUAUAACAUCGGUGAUCAGAAUGCCAUCAAUGACUUGAUGCUGAUGAGACUGACAGGUGGAGGAGGAGGCAUGAUGGCUGAGAAACUAGAGGCUCUGAUCACUCAGGCCAGAACCAAGCAGGCAGCCACCAUGAGUGAGGUGGAGUGGCGAGGGCGAACAGUGCCUGUUAAGAUUGACAAGGCCCGCGUCUUCCUUCUGGGUCUGGCAGACAACGAGGCAGCUAUUGCUCAGGCGUCUAAUGAGGAAACCAAAGAGCAUCUGUACGAGACACUGCUGGCUGAAUGCAGAGACACCAUCCAGGCUGUGAGAGAGGAACUCAAGAGUGAGGCGAAGCUGAGAGAGAGGAGCUCUGAUGCUGACAGUGGCAAAGUGUCCAACCUGCAGUUCCUGCACAGUUACCUGACCUACAUCAAGCUGUGCACGUUGGUGAAGAGGAACGAGAGCAUGGCCCACACUUUGCAGGCUAAACUGAAGGAACCCGAAGCUGACGAGAACAAGAGAGGGCCCCGCCCACAGGACCUUAUCCGCCUCUAUGACAUUAUCCUGCAGAGUCUGGCUGAGCUCUCCACCCUUCAAGGUCUGGAGGAUGAUCAUACCUUUCAGAAAGAGGUUUCUCUCAAGACGCUCGUCUACAAGGCCUACAGGUGUUUCUUCAUCGCUCAGUCUUAUGUACUGGUGAAGAAAUGGAGUGAGGCAUUGGUGCUGUAUGAGCGGGUGCUGAAGUAUGCCAAGGAGGUUCAGUCCAAGGCCAAGAGCCUCAACAACAGCCUCAAGGAUCUCCCUGAUGUUCAGGAGCUCAUUGCUGAGGUCAGCGCUGAAAAAUACUCCCUUCAAGCUGCUGCCAUAUUAGACACUGAUGAGACUGCUGAAGUUCCCUCGCAGCAGCAGGUGAAAGACAACACGCCCCUCUGCAGCCGGCUGGAGACAUUCCGUCUAGAUCCCGGCCUCGUAGGAAAGCAGCCCAAUCUUGUCCAGUUCCCUCCUGACUUCCAGCCAAUCCCCUGCAAGCCACUGUUCUUCGACCUUGCUCUCAACCACGUGGCCUUCCCAACACUGGAUGACAAAGUGGAGCAGAAGGGCAAGGGCGGCCUCACUGGCUACAUCAAGGGCAUCUUUGGCUUUGGCAGCUAAUUCAAUCCCAGUCAACUAAGGCUCCUGAGUUCACCUAACACAACCCGGCCUGGGUCAAUAUUAAUUAGAAUCAUUUCAGCUUUUUAAAUACUUUAUUUUUAGUGCCCAAGUGCAAGAUGAGUGGAGUUUGCAUCUUUGAGAGAGGCAGACAAAGUUCAAACUUAAAGGAUUAUAGAACAGCAAUUGACUCGGUUUAAAGUAGAAAAUAACCCAUGUCCCCACCACCUCCAGUGAUAACAUCCUGUACCAAGUUCACAGCAUGAAGGUGUCCUCUACCAGAGCUGGUGAGGUUUCCCUGUAACAUAAAGUCAUACAGGAUGUCAUGCCAUGAUCUCCAAGUACAGCCAAGUUAUCAGCUCACAGUCCUGUCAGAGUUGAAUGAGCCAGUUGGGCUCCAUUAAUUUUCAUUUUCACUGAUUUGAAAGCGCCUUUAUGUAUUCAUGUCUGUUUUUCUUUGUGUGUCUUUUUAUUUUUUAUUUUUUUUUCCAUCAUAAAAGUGCUGUUUUUAUUUAUGGUACCUACACUUGACUCAGAAAGGUAGUGGUCCCAGAUAUCUUGUGACCUUUGACUCUGUAACCCUGGAGCUGUGAUAUCAUGUUUUUUUAGUUUCAGAACACUUGAACUGUAUCUCAUUUUCCCACCACUUUAGCUCUGACCCCGCUUCCCCACUCUUUCAGUUCAGGACCGUACAGUUUAAGAAAACAGCAAUCACUGCAGGGUGGUGAUAAUGCACUACAGAGGAUGUGAUGUGCUGCUAGAAAGCACAAGAAGGAUAUUUUGGCACCUCUUUUGUCCAUCAAUGUAAUUGUCCUCUGCAGUGUUGAUAUGACACUAGUAAAGUCCACUUAUUUUGAUACCUGUUAGGAUACCAUGGCAACAAAAAUAGACGUCCUCAUUAUCAGGUAUGCAGACAAGCUUCUGUAUUUUGUCUAAAUUGCAUAAAGACAUUGGAGAUGUUUCUGUACCACAAUGUUGUAUUUAUGCAAUUAAGACCGUGUUCUCUGUUCCAAGCAUCACCUUUUUGUUUAAAAAAAAAAAAAAAAGAAAUAUAUAUAUAUAUAUAUAUAUAUAUAUAUAUAUAUAUAUAUAUAUAUAUAUAUAUAUAUAUAUAUAUAUAUAUAUAUAUAAUGACCGAAGAAAACACAUCUCUAACUAUCGAGCAUUAGGUGGAGAUCAUAUCAUCUUAAAACAACAUGGUGUCAGAGUAUCUCAGCAGCCUGUUUUCUGACAUUUUAAGUCCUGAUGUCCAAAUGUUCCCAAUAAGAUUGAGAAAAAGAAAUAAGUUGGUGAUUUUCAUGGAUAAACCUUGAGGGUUUAAAUAGCAUCAGUAAGAAGAUGAAGAGCAAAGCCACGAUUCAAAGUAAAAACCUUUUCCUUCAACAAACCUCAGGAUAGAUUAAUUGUGAUUUUGAUUGUCACUAGCUGAACUGUGUUACCUUGUCUGACAUUUAGAGCUUAUGACAUUGAUGUAACUGCAUCUCUCAAGACCUAGGUUUAUUCCAUACAUGUUCAGGCAUUUUUAGUUACAUUUCAGUCAAAUCUUAAAUCUGUUGUAUGUCAGAGAUAUUCAUUAAGGAGAUGAGGGAGUUUUUAAGCUGCCUGUCAUUUGCCAUAGUACCACACCCAUUUGUCAAACAUGUGUGUUGUCAUCACACCUAACAUGUGUGACGAUAGAGGAUAAUGCUAGAAAAAUCUUUUGUUAUCGCCUGUUUGCCAGUUGUGAUGUCAGCACUGAAGCAGCUCAUUUACUCUGAUUCUUAAAGGACCUAGUUUGUCUGAGAAACCUUGUUUAAUACACAUUAGAAACAGAACAAUUAACAAACUGUUAAUUUCACUGAUUUUUAUAAUUAUUGUUUGUUUUAUCUUUUUCUUUUCAGUAUUAUAUGUUAAAGAAGUGCUGGAAAUGUUUCAGCACUUUGCCUUGAAUAGUCUGAAAUAAAAGCAGAUAUCCUGAUGAGAAAUAGUUUGAGGCAUAAUGAAAAAAUAUAAUUAACUCACAUGAGAAUGAGUGAUUUUAUUUUAUUUACAGGCCAAUAAAUACAUUUGCAUCGAA